UAAUUUUUUUCUUUCUUCUAUUUUAGGGCAACUAUUUCCAAGCAAUGCAGUACUGUCACUACAAUGGGAUGAGAAUUUUGAGUGUCGAAAGUGCGAAAGAGACUAACUUUCUGAUCAGGCAGCUGAAACGAUUCCUUGGUGCUGAGAAAUACAACUUUUGGACAUCGGGUACUAUCCUACCAGACGACCAAUGGGUUUGGUUGGAAACAGGAAAGUUCAUCGAAUACACUAAUUGGUUACCUAAUGAACCAAACAACUGGCAAAACAUUGAGAAAUGCUUAGAAGCAAUCUACGAGUAUUCCGACACGGAAGGUGAUAUGGGUAUGAUGUGGAAUGAUCAUGACUGUAAUGGUCGGAAAUAUGUUAUUUGUGAAUCGUCACAGCGUAACUGUCUAGCUGGAAAAAGUUCCUAGUAUACGAAUAAAUAAAGCCGAGAAGGAUUUAAGUAAUGACUUCCUACGCGUCAAUUAAGUUUAUACUAAAAUGUCAAAUAAAUUAGUUCUGCAUCUA